AUGGAUGAGGAAGAGACAGCUGAAUCGUUGAAAGAAGGUAGAAGUGAGACCACCUCGUUUGUCCCUGAAUAUUUGCCGGAGUCCAGUUUUGAAAAAUCCCCACCAGCCAUCCAAGACUCACAAUGCACUCUUUCAUCUAAUGCGACAACAUCAAGCAUCGACUCGAGAUCCCAACAUUUCCCUCAUUGCGCCAUUUGUGGAUUCAACGUUGAAGUCUACUUGGUUCAUUACAGAAGAAUCCGACCACCGACAAACAACAAUUGGAUUUUCCGUUUCAAAUGUCGCCGUAAGACGUGUAAUAAAUUUUUUGGACAUAGCUGGACCAAAAAGAGGGAUGGUGAAUUCGAGAUUAUAAAUGAAGAUGCGACUUUCGAAAAUUUGCCGUUCUUUUCCAGAUUCAAUCCGGACAUAGAUCCUGCUGAAUAUAACAAAAUUGUCACUCCUCAUCUAGCCGAGCAACAUGGCUCGGUUCGAAGGGGUAGACCGAAGAAAAUCAUUUCUCCAUUGCUCGUCCAUGACAGAGGUCCUGUACGUGGAGCCCCGAUUAAAAUUUCACUAGCAUCUCCGCCAAAGUCAUCAGCUGAUAAACCGCUUCUACUCCAGGAUCAAGAUGAACUCAAAAUGCCGAUUGAUGAAUGUACAAAUGAAUCGAUUGAUGUAACUGUCAAUAAGUCUAAAGAUGAGCCAUUUGUUCAAUCAGAAGUUUCUAAGCAACCAAAAUCACAAAAAAGGAUACGCAAACCACCACGACUUCCACCAAAGAGAACUAAACCGUUGAAGCACGAUGGAGUUAAAGAAUUUGGCGUUUCAAACGCUCCACUGCGAGUCUCAUCACCAAACGAUGCGUCAAUUCGCCGUUUUCAUUGCUGGACACAAACCAUGGAUUUGGCGCACGUGACUAGCUUCGCAAUUGAUGAAGUGAUGAAGAGAAAUGCCAAAGAAGAGGAGCAAAUAACUUCAGAAACAAGCGCACUGGAACCUGGUCCAUCAAUGUCAACAAAUAAGGAAGCGGUGUCGGCACGUCAGCUCAUCGUUGCUUCACAUGCAAUCGGUCAAGCGCGCAAAAGUGAAGAGAAAAUGCGAGUGGAAAGGGAUCGAUUGAAAGAUGCGCUCGCUCUGCUGCUUACCCAGAUGCAUUCACUCAAACGCCAGCAUAUUGAAGACACUCGCCGAAUAAGGGAUGAUAUUGAUGCGGCAAAACACGAAAUGCGCACAUAUCACGGAGAAUUGGGUAUCGAAGCAAAUAUGAUAAAAAGUGUGAUUGAUAAAGUGAAGAAAGCACAAGGAGAAAAGCUGAAAGAUAUUGAAAAGAAUAACAAGAAGUUGAAGGGACAACUCGAGCUGAUGGAAACAAAAUAUCAACACGCUGAGGCACAAUCGAAUAAAUAUCAUCGCGAAUUGGAAGAACGUGAUCGAAAAGUGGCACUUGUUACGGCGGAAAAAUUAGAAGUAGCAAAGAAGUUGGAGGACAAACUCUUUUUGGAUAACAACCAAAAAUGUUUUCACUGCACCGAGUCGUCGAACCUGAAGAAUUUUUACGAGAGGCAGGCAAAAACAAAAGCCGAAACAGUCGAUAAAUUGGAGGCGGAGAAUAGAAAAUUGAUCAGCGAAUUAGAAGGAUCCCAACAAAUUGUGACCACAUUGAAGAAAAAUGAGGGAAGACUGAAAUAUGAACGAGACACUUAUGAGGCAGAGAAUCGGAGAUUAUUGGCGAGGCCGGGGAUCAAAAAGACCGAAGAGGAGAAUUUGAUCAAGAACGAUCAAUCAAAUCGAAGUAGCGACGGAACGAAAUCGGCCUCUCCGCAAAUUCACUCAUCACCUAAUGGAUAUACCGUUCCUUCACAAUCACCCAAGCAAACGCAAGCAACGCAUAAAUUGGCUCCUUUACCGACUUUUGCUCCUUUGUCCACCACUGACCAAGUGCCGGUUGCCUUUGCGAAUUGGAUCACGAAACCAAAACCAGCCGAGCCACUAGGGAAAACAAUGACUGAUCAACAUCAACGAAAGUUUGAAAACAACGCGGAGAAGAAAAAGAAGAAACUUGAAAAGCGAGAAAAUCCUGAAGUGCAAGCUAGCAUUGAGAAGGUUGAACUGCAAGCGACUAAAGAAACGACGGCACCAGAACCAACCACUUCUCAAAUCCCGCUUAAGAAACCCCGUGUCGAAACACCACCAAUAAUUGUAAAUGGCCUCACAUCUUCGAUUGCAAAAGAGAGAGUUAAUUCGCCAGUGCCAAAUGCACAAUCGAUCAAGAAGAUUGUCAGUCCUUCUCCACAGAACGGUCAAAUUGCCAAGAAACCCUUGCCAGCGCCGGGUGGAUCAAAAAUCGUGCCACCAAAAGCCAAUCCAGCUCACAAUAAAGUCUCGUCUCGUCCAACCUACCUCGAAAAUUCGCCAAAGCCGGUCGUCAAGCCAUCGUGGUUACAACACGAAGCUCGUCAAAAUGUUCAUCGACCUCAUCCAAAUGAACCAGCGCCGAACAUGGGACGAUAUUGGAACCCUCAAAUACCGGUGGUUAAUGGGCCAAUAAAUCCUCCCCACCGGGCGUGGAUUGGAACCGAGACGCCGGAUUGCCGUGGCAUCGCCGGCCAAAUGCCCCCAAUGGGUCUUUUAACCCACCACCUUCCAACGAUUCAUGGGUACCCCCUUCGAGCAACAUUCAACGAAGGGGAUUUUGGGAAUGAUGCGCAGCAUCAUACAAGCUUUACGAACGCCCACGAAAUGCAUAAUCGAGCAAAAGAUAAUGAGAGUCGAUGGGAUGUCAAAUUCUUUCACUCAAUUGUGUAUUGGAGUUCCCUGCGACCC